CGGGGCCACCGGCAGGCCCCUCUCUCCCCGGCAGCCCUGCGCUGUCGUCCCGGCGACGCGGCGGAGCGACUUGGUGUCGGGUGGAGGUGGUUGGCGGCCCCGCCCGCAGCGCCACUAGUAAUGGAUUUAGAGUUAAUCUCAAGAACUUGAUCCGCCUGUCAUGGGGCCUGAUUAGCAUCAGCUUUAGUGAUGCAUCGUCACUACAAAGAAGGUUCUUGUGGCAGCAGUUUGUUGGAUCUAUAUAAGAAUGACCAUGUUCUCCUGUCUCUUGAAUUUCAUGUCUGGAUCUCAAAGUAACGGUAAUUUGGAGGAGACUAGUGAAUAUCCUGUACCAUUAUGAGAAGAUUUUCACCAACCUAAAACAGUCUGAAAAAAAUUUCUCUAAAAAAAUCAAAGAUCAUAGAAUCCUUUGAUAAGACGGAAGACAUUUAGAAUUUAUAAGGUUUUGGUUAUCUAGGUCUUAAGAAAAAUGAACCGUUACACAGUCAUGAAACAGCUAGGUGAUGGCACCUAUGGCAGUGUGUUGAUGGGCAAGAGCAAUGAGUCAGGAGAACUUGUGGCUAUCAAAAGAAUGAAAAGAAAGUUCUAUUCAUGGGAUGAAUGUAUGAAUUUGAGAGAAGUCAAGUCUCUGAAGAAGCUAAAUCAUGCCAAUGUAAUAAAAUUGAAAGAAGUCAUACGAGAAAAUGACCACCUUUACUUUGUAUUUGAAUACAUGAAGGAAAAUCUUUAUCAGCUAAUGAAGGACAGAAACAAGUUGUUCCCUGAGUCAGUUAUCAGAAAUAUGAUGUAUCAGAUAUUACAAGGGCUAGCUUUUAUCCAUAAACACGGAUUUUUUCAUAGAGAUAUGAAGCCUGAAAACCUUCUCUGUAUUGGACCAGAACUUGUGAAAAUAGCAGAUUUUGGUUUGGCUAGAGAACUAAGAUCUCAACCACCUUAUACAGAUUAUGUUUCUACCAGGUGGUAUCGUGCUCCUGAAGUUUUGCUAAGAUCAUCUAUCUAUAGUUCACCUAUUGAUAUGUGGGCAGUUGGCAGCAUAAUGGCUGAAUUAUACACACUAAGGCCUCUUUUCCCAGGCACAAGUGAAGUAGAUGAAAUCUUCAAAAUUUGCCAAGUAUUAGGGACUCCAAAGAAGAGUGACUGGCCAGAAGGAUACCACCUUGCUUCUGCUAUGAAUUUCCGCUUCCCACAAUGUGUCCCCAUAAGCCUAAAAACUCUCAUCCCAAAUGCAAGCAACGAAGCAAUACAACUUAUGAGUGAUAUGCUGAACUGGAAUCCAAAGAAGAGGCCUACAGCAAGUCAGGCUUUGAAGUACCCUUACUUUCAAGUUGGACAAGUUUUAGGACCUCCUCCACAGUAUCUGGAGAAGCAGACUCCUAUUAAAGCAGUUCAGCCAACAGAGCCAAAGUCAAUUUUACCUAAACUGGAAGCUAUAUCCAAGCCAGAACCUCUGCCUUCACCGGAUGUACUGGACAGAACACAGCCACAGCCCUUGUCAAAGGUUAACCACCAGCCUCUCCAGCAAAUUCAGUUGCCUCAGAAUACUGCUAACCAGCAAGUACCAAAACAGCAGCAGCCACAAGCACAACCAUUUUUACCAGCUAUCAAUAAAAACUCAUUGCCAAAACAAACAGCUAAUGGCCCUCAGAGUGGUACAGUAGGUCCUAAAAGCUGCAGAAGACGAUGGGGUCAGACUUUGGUAAAGGCUGUGGACAGCUGGGAUGACUUGGAUGACACAGAAUUUGGAAUGUCAUGUUCAAAGAAACCUAGCAUUGCACUGUUAAAAGAAAAGAAAAACAAGGAGAGUCUCUUUAGUGUGCCAGGACCAAAAACUUCAUUCUCUAUCCAGCCCGGAGGGGAAAAUAAGGUUCUGAUGACAAAUGAUUCUGGAAGAUUAAAUACCUCAGCAAAGCAGUACUAUUUAAGACAAUCAAGAUACCUACCUGUUGUAAACCCUAAGAGUGUCUCCUUAGCAGCAGUCAGUAAAGAAGGUUUACAUGGAACCUGGAACAACCAGUUGUACUCUAAACCACUGGCACAUGCUGGAGGAGGAAUGACUUUCAACAGAAAUACUACAGAUGAGAACUUAAUUAUACCUAUUGAAAAGCUAUCAUGCAAAGAAAGUUUGAAUGAAAAAUUAGAGGAUCUGAAAGGAAAUCCUGGCUUUGUAAGUGGUGCUGCUUACAACCCAUCAGGAGUAUAUACCUCUUCCUUUCAUAAGAAAGAAGUUGGAUCAGCAGGACAACGGAUACAGCUAGCUCCUCUUGGUGCACCUGUAUCAGAUUAUUCAUGGAAAACCAAAGCUGCUCGUGCUCAGUUACCAGGUCCUACUUUCAAUUCAGCAGCCAAAAAUUUGAAUAUCUUAACUCGCCCACCAAUUCAGCCAGUACAUGGAAGAACAGACUGGAUGGCCAAAUAUGGAGGAAACAGAUAGAAAAUGCCAUCCUGUAUAGAUGUCAGUUAUGUUCAGUUCUGCACUAGAAACCUGAAAUGCCUAUUUGCUCUAACUUGUCCUAUGACUAUGCAAUGCUAAAGAAGGAAGAAAGACCUUGCUUUCUAUUACCUGUAUGAUACAUGUAAUACCAUAUAAAAUAGUGUAAGUAGGAUUUAUUGAGGUAUUGUGUGAUGCAUAUUGCCAAAACUACAGAGAAGUAGAUUUCACUUGAUACCUUUCUAAAGAUGGAACUCGUCAUACUCUUAAAACAACUGUUAUGGUUGUUCGCCCAAUGCAACAUCCACUAUUGGCAUGUGUCUGAAAUACACAGGCAGCUAGAAGCAGGGCUAAAGCAGAGCAGCACCAUGCUUUCAGGUAUUCAGCUGGUUCCUCACCUGAAAGAUCAGAGUGAAAGCACAGAUCAGGCUUUGUGAAGGGCACCACCUUCUCCUACAAGGAUUUUGAAGCUCACCUGUACUUAAGAGUUCCUUAGGGUUUGUAAUGUGCAAAUAUUCAUAAUAACAAUGAGAACUUAACUCUUGGUGGUAGGAUAUACACAAUCCACUGAUAAAUACUACACAAGGAAGGUCUAAAAGCUUAGCCCUUACAUGGCUAUAGAAUGAUAUAGCAAUACUGCAAAAUAGCUAAACAAGUACUGGAUGCUAGACUUAUAUCACCAAGCAGCAGUGAAGCCUGAAAAUUAGAGUCUACUGUUAUAAUUAGCUUAUUACCAUUUUUGGUCAAAGAUCUGUGGAGAUUAAUACCUAUCCUGUCAAGGGGGUGUCACAGAGACAUUUUAAAGAGCCUGAACCACUGCAGUCUGUCACUUAUUUUAAAAGUGACUUAGUCAAAAAGACAUGAAUUCUCAGUAACCUGUUUCCAUAUGUCUUUAUUGGGUGAUCCAAUUAAACAAGACAAGUUGAAUAAGCUACGUGAGGGAGGAUAUUGGGCUGUUCUUCAAAACCACUGAUUUCUGGUUUAGCUCUUAGAGGCUAACUUAGGUACCUGAAAGCACACAAAAACUUCAAUAAUGCAAUACCUCACUGUUUAUAUUCUUAUUCAGUACUUUCUCUGGCUUCCAUGCUAAGCUUUAUAAUAAUAUCCUGCAAAGGACCUUGCAAUAUACAAUAAAUUGUUUUUAGGGCGUAGGGCUAGGCUACUUCUGUUAGCGACUGCAUUAGAGUAGAUGCUUUAGGCCUAGUAGUUACAUUAAAGCUGCCAUUUUAAAGUACAAAAUGAGUAUGUUCUUUAAAGAUGUAAAGCUGUUAAUGAUUACAUUAAGCAUUGUAAAAAAUGUAGUUGUAUGGCUUUUAUAACUGCAUAUAAAAAUUUAAAUUCCUGUUGUUGA